GGCAGGUGGAAGUUUUCUCAGAUUCUUGUCCUUGUACUACUAAAAUUGUCCCUAACUAAAGAUGCAUCCAGACCUGUCUCCUCAUCUGCACACUGAAGAAUGUAACCUAAUUAUCAGUCUGCUCAAGAAGUGUCACAAGGAGCACAACAUUUUGAAAUUUUUUGGCCAUUGCAAUGAUAUUGACCGUGAGAUGCGGAAGUGCUUAAAGAAAGAGUAUGAAGAAAACAGGGCCAGGAACCAGGCCAUACGACGGAGGGUAAUUGAUGCUCACAAAAACCCAGAGAAGUGAGCUGUACUGCAGUUGGACAGCUGCAUCUCAAUAGGGACACUCAGUUGAAAGUUGACAGAAUACUUCUUUCCCAUCACCAGGGCUCAGCCUGUGGUUUGUGAGAUUAUGAAAAAAUAAAUGCAGCUAAUACAUAGUCAUUCCCAGCAAGGAAACAACACGGGGGAAAAAAAUAUAAUAAAUGAUCAC